AUGGUCAAGAAUCAGACCACACGGACGGAACAUGAUCGCCGGUACGACCAGUGGAUCGCCGAAGAUGAACCGAACCGAAGACGUCAAGACAACUGUGGACAAGGAAGACCAGGACUGCGGACCACGACCCAGGACAGGACCACAGACCACGGCACAAGGAAAGGAACAUGGCACAGGGACGGCCACAAGACCAGGAACGCCGGAAGGAUGGAAAGACCAAGGACAAACAAGAUGGAACGAAUCAAUGGAAGACAACACAAGAUGGAAUCACACAAGACACACCAGGCAGUGAAGAUGGAAGACCACACACAAGACAGCACAGACCCCAGGACACAGACAGACGACCCCAGGAGGACCGACCCAGGCCAAGACCAGGUAGACGGCCAGGAAGGAAGAACAGUGGAGGACCGCCCAGGACAAAUACGGAGGAACAGGACAACACAAGGAAAAGGACAGGCAUGUGGCAGGACCCCAGCACAAGGACCACGGAAAGGCACAAGGACCCAGGACCACACAAGGACCCAGGACAGGAAAGACCAGGACAAAAGACACAGUGGACCCAGACAAAAAGAUGGAAAAAAGGACAGUGGCUGGACCCAGUGGCCAAGACCAGGGUGGACGGCAUGGAAGGAAAAGGAUCACAGGACCAUGGACACAGAAGUAGUGUAG